CGUGACACCGGGCUUGGACCGUACCAACGCGCACCGGGGACGUCCGGGGAGCGACGGGGGGAAUCGACGCGGAACGCCCGCGGAGAUUCGGCAGGGACCCCGCAACUGGUCGAGUCCGAGCGGAUCAACGUCCGCGGUUACGACCAGAGGCUGGUCCACGGCACUAGGAGCAAGCGGGCAGCUUUCAUCGUGGACGGUACAGUGUGGUGCGGGGUUGGAGACACUGCUGAUAACUACACCGACCUCGGUGUUCACCGAGAGACCGACAUUUGCUGCCGGGACCACGACCACUGCCCUGAAAAGAUCGCCGGCUUAUCGUGGGGAUACGGACUGUUCAACUUUGUUCCUUACACCGUCAACUUGUGCAGUUGCGAUGAAAGUUUCCGCCUGUGUCUUCGAGCAGCCGACACCACCGUUGCGACCGAGGUGGGCCAGUUCUUUUUCGACACUCUCCGCCCUUCAUGCUUCGAGUUAUCGGACGAGCUGACCGCGCGAUGCGUGCGGCGAUACUGGUACGGUCUCUGCCGGGAGUACGGGCCACUGGAGCGGACGGCGGUGGUGGGCACGAACAGACACUUCAACGGCGAGCAGUACGACGACUAAUUCACCGGCUCGGGAAUAAAAACCGGGGUUAACAUGUUAUGUAGCUUGUUAGUACAUGUCACCGAUCCACUUCUAAGCCCCGCCCUUCGAUGUUUUGACCACUCACGGCUCUUAUUUAUGUACAUGUGCACAUCUGCAUAUGACGUGCGCGUCUAGAACGCGCAGUGUGGGAUUGGAGAGGUGCCUUCUGUUGGACACGUGAGAGGGCGGGGCCUAAUGGAUCCGUCAUUAUUUCAUACUUUCGAAUAUUAAUAGCCUAGCCGUAACACAAUGAAUUUGUAUUGUACAUUAACAAGAACACAUGUACCAAAUACAAUACCACCCACCGCUAUUCAUUAUUUGUAUGGAGAGAAACAAAAUCAACUAAUAGAACUAUUCGGCAAAGAUACGUACGAGUUCAACCAAAUAAUGUCAUCAUGAAGAGCGCCACUUAGUGUCAGAUGGUGUCCAGUCCAAUAUUGUGGGUGAACAGCGUCCCCUAUCAUAUGGUGGUUAUCAUCAUGCAAAGAAUGUUGCAUCCUGACGCCACUUUUUUUCCAUUAUGUAUCAUGUCAAUGAAGGCCUUACAUCGCAAAAAUGUUGAAAAGACAUAAAUCAGGGACUGAGAAACAUUUCCAAUUUUGUAAGGAAAUACUUUAUGACUCCGAUCCAUGUUCAUGACUCUCCAUAAACUUUGUACACAACCAAAGAAGUGGCGUCUGGAUACUACAUUCAUGCAUCAUCAUUAAUCAUGUACUCAAAAAAUACAUGUACAUAAUACAUAAAUUUACUCUCUUCUUUAAUUCAAAUUCAUUCUCAGAUUUACCACAAAAUAUAACUUCUCUUCUGUUUCCUAAGUAAGCUACUGACCAUCAACGUAGGCGAGAUAAUGAGGGAAGGGAAAAGUUACAACUCACAAAAUUUCCAAGAUUUGGGGGAAUAUUUCUCAAGAUUCGAAAUUCCUUUUAUAAGCAAACCAUGCAAAGAGUAGUUGGGUGGGGGCAUGGUAGGGGAAGGAGGGGAGGGGUUAUUGUCCAAAAAAGUUAUAAUUUUUUGGAUGAAGGGUCUGAGAAUUAAAACUUUGAAGCGAUCCAAAGAAGAGUGUUCUGUGUUGAACAAAUACAGUAGUUGAACCCUAACAAUUGGCAGCCAUUGGAUAGUCUAAACAGACUGCACAGAUACACAUGUACAUAAUACAAGUAAAACAUUAAAAGAAUAAUCAUAUUUACAAAUUCAUUUUUCAAGUUCAAGUUUAGUAAUUGUUAAUUUAAUAUCAAUGAUACACAGGUGGUAAUCGACUUUUGUUUUUAUAUCGUUAACUAUUUUAGUAAAAGAGAAAACAAAAAUACAUAAAAAUCACUUGUCAUUGAACUA